AUACCUUGCUUCAAAGGUGAUCUCCCUUUCUCUUUUCUCAUACUGCAGCAGCAAAAAGGUGAAAAUAUGGAAGCUAAGCUACUUCCACAAAGCAGGAGCCCCAUAGCUACGGCUUUAAGGCGAAAACAUAAACAGGGGUGCUCUCCUAUUCUUGCAGUGCUGGCCAGUCCAGCGGAAAACAUAGCUGGAAUAACAGAGAAGUUGAUAUUAAAACCGGCAGAGAGCAAAAGUGAGGUAGUACAGAAAACCAGUGUCCGCUGUGAUAACUGGUUUGAACUAAUGGCCAUUAGCCAUCUAUCCCAGAGUCUCCAAGCCGCAACAGGGCUGACGAUCAGGAAGAGUGGCUACGAGAGCCUGGUGGAGGCAGCAGCAAUGAUGUCAAAGAAAUUCAAUCCUAGCAGGCAGCAGGAGCUAGUCAUUCAAGCUCUUAACAGUGCCAUCCCCAGGAUAAUUCUAAACAUGAUAAAAACAUUGUUGCCUCAAUCCCAAUUCACAAGGGAAUACUUCGCCGCCUUCACCACGGUGUUUUUCGCUUGGCUCAUCGGACCCUCUGAGGUCAGGGCAUCGGAGCUCAAUGGAAGAAGAGAAAAGAACGUAGUCCAUGUAAAGAAAUGCAGGUUUCUAGAGCAGAGCAAUUGCGUGGGGAUGUGCAUCAAUCUAUGCAAGAUGCCAUCUCAAGCCUUUAUUAAGGAUUCCCUGGGAAUGCCUGUCAACAUGGUGCCUAAUUUUGAUGAUAUGAGCUGCGAGAUGAUUUUUGGUCAGGAUCCUCCAGCAUCAAAUGAUGAUCCAGCACUCAAGCAGCCAUGCUACAAAUUAUGUAAUAAUUUAAUUAAACUGCCCCUUCACCUAUACCUCCAUCUUUUAUACUUAUUUACGCAAGAUUCUCACUAUAUCAUUGUGGUGCAUAGCACAACCUGAAAUUAGGUCCUCCAACUUGGCCAACUCAAGGCUGCUCCUGGCACGAAUGAGCUUCCAUGAGAGUGCCAAUAUGACAGUAGAAAACAUAUUGUAUUUCUGACUGAAAUUAUCCUUUUCUAAAUAUUUCAUGCAGGUAGGGCAAACCAAAAGCACGCAGUGAAGUGCUCCAGUUGAUGCAGAAGGAUAAAGGAGGCUAAUUUUUAAUAAGGUCUUUCAACACUGACAACAGAUGAUCUGAAAAUCUUUUCCAUACUGUUCAAUGCAAAGCCCUGUAAACUCUUCCUUUGGAAAGUCAGUAACAUUCCAUUCUAGAAUUAUAAAUUACUUCAAUGCAACCAGCUUAAAGCCUUUUCUUGUCAAGAAAUUUUAUGCAGUCACAGUC